AUGGGUGACUUGCACAACACGCCCAUCGUCAUCGACAACGGCAGCGGCACGAUCAGAGCUGGAUACGCCGGCGAGGACCAGCCGCGCUGUUUCUUUCCCUCAUAUGUCGGACGACCGAAGCAUCUGCGCAUACUCGCGGGCAGCCUAGAAGGAGAUGUCUUUAUCGGUAAUAAGGCACAAGAGCAUCGCGGUCUGCUCAAGAUUCGCUACCCCCUAGAGCAUGGAAUCGUCACCGACUGGGACGACAUGGAGAAGAUUUGGCAAUAUGUCUACACAGAUGAGCUCAAAACCUUGAGUGAAGAGCACCCGGUCCUGCUCACCGAAGCACCUCUCAAUCCGCGCGCAAAUCGAGACACAGCAGCGCAAAUCCUUUUCGAGACUUUCAACGUACCGGCAAUGCACACAUCUAUACAGGCUGUCCUUUCAUUGUACGCAUCUGGACGAACCACCGGUAUCGUGCUCGAUGCAGGUGACGGCGUUUCCCAUGCUGUCCCGGUUUAUGAAGGCUUCGCAAUCCAGAAUAGCAUACGGAGAAUCGAUGUCGCUGGACGAGAUGUUACCGAAGAACUUCAAAGGCUGCUAAGGAAGAGCGGCGCUGUCUUUCACACCAGCGCCGAGAAGGAAAUUGUCAAGCAGAUCAAGGAGAAGGUCUCGUACGUUGCUUCCGACCCCAAGAAAGAGGAGAAAGAAUGGCAUAGCGGGGGCAGCAGAGGCGGAGACAGCAAAAUCGCUGAAUACACAUUGCCUGACGGCAAGAAGCUCAAGAUUGGCCCAGAACGCUUUCGCGCCCCAGAAAUCCUCUUUGAUCCUGAGCUCAUCGGACUCGAAUGGCCUGGUCUCCACCAAAUUGUGGUUGACUCGAUCAAUAGAACGGACAUGGACCUCCGCAAGGCGCUGUUUGGUAACAUUGUCCUUUCAGGUGGAUCCACUAUGAUCAAGGGCUUCGGCGAUAGGUUGCUGCACGAAGUUCAACGGCUGGCCAUUAAGGAUAUGCGCAUCAAGAUCUUUGCGCCGCCGGAGAGACUUUACAGCACGUGGAUCGGCGGAAGCAUUCUGGCGGGCUUGAGCACGUUCAGGAAGAUGUAUGUGACGAUUGAUGAUUGGCAUGAGAAUCCAGAAAUCAUUCAUGCUCGAAUUUGA